AUGUCGUGUUUUGCUGGAGACCCAAACUUCUGUCCGGAGUGUGGGAAUGUGCUCCCUCUCCCUGGGAUGCAGGACGUGGUGCGCUGUCCUCGCUGCAGCUUCAGCAUCCCUGUCACAGAGUUUGCGGGUAUAGAGAUCCGCACCUCAGUGGUGUUCAACCCGGAGCAGUCCACUGUGGCUCUGGAGGAGGACGACAAUGCGGAGCUGAAGGGGCCAGUGAUUGACAGGCGCUGCUCCCGCUGUAACAAAGAAGGUAUGGUCUACCACACCAGGCAGAUGCGAUCCGCUGAUGAAGGCCAGACCGUCUUCUUCACCUGUAUACACUGCAGGUACGGCUGGGCUGUUGCACAGCUCUUAUGA